GCUUCCUCCAACCCUAAGGUAUCCGCCGUCGUCUGCGUCUAUCCUCUCUCCAUCCUCUCGCUUGGUCUCCGCUCCUUAUCCUGUGCUGCUCUCCUCCCGCUCAUCCCACGCGGGGUCUUCUCCGCGCCUUCUUGUAGCCUCACUCCCUACCAUUUCGGUAGCGAUGGAUCGAGAGAAGCUCAUGAAGAUGGCAGGUGCUGUUCGCACUGGUGGAAAGGGAAGCAUGCGCAGGAAGAAAAAGGCAGUUCAUAAGACCACAACUACAGAUGACAAAAGGCUCCAGAGCACUUUGAAAAGAGUUGGGGUAACUGCUAUCCCUGCUAUAGAAGAAGUUAACAUUUUUAAAGAUGAUGUUGUUAUCCAGUUUGUGAAUCCCAAAGUGCAAGCUUCAAUUGCAGCCAAUACAUGGGUGGUUAGCGGUUCUCCUCAGAUGAGAAAGCUUCAAGAUUUGCUGCCAGCGAUCAUCAACCAGCUGGGUCCUGAUAACUUAGACAACCUAAGGCGACUUGCAGAGCAGUUACAGAAGCAGGCACCAGGAGCUGGUUCUAGUGCUGGUGCGACUACUCACCAUGAUGAUGAUAGUGAUGUCCCUGAUCUUGUGCCUGGAGAGACAUUUGAAGAGGCUGCUGAUAAGAAAGAAUCUUCGUAGUGUUUAUAGACCAGAUAGAUUUACCCUCACCCCUUCUUAUUAGAGUAUAUGCCUGUUUCUCUUGCUCUUUAUGCUCAAAAACCAGCACGGCGAUCAUCCUUUUUACAAAAUAUUUGGGUUUGAAUCUAUCCACUUUUCAUUUUCUUUUGUGUAUGAGAUUCAUCUAAAUUAUCAAUUGCUCAAGGUUUUCUUUCCCUCUUCUUUUUCACAAGGAUCAAUUAGUCAUUAGUCUGUGUAAUCUGACACUACUAUGAUAGAUCAAGAUCAGGACAUCAGUUGUUUGU